AUGGCUUCCGCUACUAGUCUGCUGUCUGAAGAUCAGUUUCUGUGCUCCAUCUGUCUGGAUGUGUUCACUGAUCCAGUCAGCACACCAUGUGGACACAGCUUCUGCAAAAACUGCAUCAAUGAACACUGGGAUAUUAUUGAACAGUGCCAGUGUCCCACCUGUAAAAAGUUUUACUACACAAGACCUGAGCUGGAGGUCAAUAUUUUCAUCUCUGAGAUGGUUUCUCAGUUCAGACAGGAACUGGGGGAGACAGAGGCUGAAAUUCAGCAGAUGAUCCAGAAGAGAAACCUGAAGAUUCAAGAGAUCAAACACUCAGUCGAGCUCAGCAAGGAAAAUACAGAUAAAGAGAUAGCAGAAGAUGUUGAGGCCUUCACCAAACUGAAGGAGUCAGUUGAGAGAUGCCAAGCCAGAGUCAUCAAGAUGAUUGAAGAGAAGCAGAAAUUAACAGAGAAACAGGCUGAAGGAUUCAUCAAAGAGCUGGAGAAGGAAAUCUCUGAGCUGAAGAAGAGAAAUUCUGAAUUGGAGAAGCUCUCACACUCUGAAGACCACUUUAAUGUCCUCCAAAGCUUCCAGUCUCUGAUCGCUGUUCCACCCACCAAAGACUGGACCGAAGUAAGAGUCCAGCCGCUGUCAUAUGAUGGGAAGGUGAAGACAGCUUUGGCUGAAAUGGUGGAGAAACUGAAGAACAUGUUCAUAAAGGAUGAACUGAUGUGGGCCCAGAAGUAUGCAGUGGAUGUGACGAUGGAUCCUGAUACAGCACAUCCCAAACUCAUCCUGUCUGAUGAUGGGAAACAAGUCCAUCAUGUUGAUGCAAAGAAAAAUCUCCCAGACAACCCAGAAAGAUUUACUGUUGGUCUCUGUGUCUUAGGUAAGCAAAGUGUUUCUUCAGGAAGAUUUUACUUCGAGGUUCAGGUUAAAGAGAAGCCCGAGUGGUUUUUUGGAGUUGCCAGAGAGUCGAUCAACAGGAAGGGGCUAAACACAGUUAGUUUUAAGGAAAGUUACUGGACUCUUGGUUUGAAGAAUGAAAAGUAUUUUAUCCUUUCUGACACACCAGCCGUUUUCUCUCUGAAGUCAAAGCCUGAGAGGGUGGGGGCGUUUGUAGAUUAUGAGGAGGGUCUGGUCUCCUUUUAUGAUGUUGAUGCUGCAGCUCUCAUCUACUCUUUUACCAGGUGCUCAUUCAAUGAGAAGCUCCUCCCAUUCUUCUGUCCCUGUUUUAAUCAGGAUGGUAAAAACUCAACUCCUCUGAUCAUCUCCACAGUCCACUACACUGAGUAG